AUGACAACGAUGAAUGGAAUCAAACAGGAGUCCACCAUUAGUACAGAUUAUAGCGAUGAAUUAAGAGCUCGGGAUACAAUAAUUGAGAAAACUAAACGAUCGAUUAUUGCAACAACAGAACAUUUACGUAAUUCGGUUGUAAUGGUACCACUACCACUGACAAAUAUUCCUGAUGAUAGCAGUCAACGUCGAAUGGAAGAAUUACAAGAAGAAGUACAAACACAUUUAAAAACAACCGCCUAUUCGUUACAGAAAAUCCCAAGCCUUGGAAACUUGGACUGGUUCUUACUACGCGCGUAGUCUUCGAGACUGCCUUUCUGUAACUUUUCACUCAACUCAUGUUGAGAUUAUAUACGUAGAACAUCACCGAAAUAAAACGGUGAUAACAUUCUAACGUAUCUAGAGAAAGACAAACAUAUUGUCACAAUUC